CUCAAACUGAACACGCCCACCAGCUCUUACAAAAGCAGGAAGUAAUACGCUGUUGAGCUGCGGAGACUGGUGUCCGACUCGUCUCACUGACUUUUCUCCAUUAAUCACAAACCAAGUUCUCCUAUUAGGUGUCCAGGAUGGUUGUCCUGUCCAAGGAAUAUGGCUUUGUGGUGCUAACUGGAGUGGCCAGUAUGGUCAUGAUGGGACACUUGGCUAUCAAUGUGGUCAAAGCUCGCAAGAAGUACAACGUGCCUUACCCCAAAAUGUACAGUGACGAUCCAGAAAAUGGCAAUCAAUUUAACUGUAUCCAGCGUGCCCACCAAAACACCCUGGAAAUGUACCCCGGUUUUCUUUUCUGCCUGGCUGUUGGCGGUUUGCAUUGCCCUCGUCUGGCCAGUGGACUUGGUCUUGUGUGGAUAAUUGGGAGAGAGGUUUAUGCAUAUGGUUACUAUACUGGAGAUCCUUCUAAAAGAAUGAGAGGAGGCUUUGGUAACCUUGCCUUAUUGGGACUGAUGCUGACCACUGUCAACUUUGGGCGCCACCUACUGGGCUGGACAGGCCCAAGAAUUGGACCAUUUCGUCGGGACUGUUGCUAAUGAAGAGGCUCACAACGUCCUACUACAACGUCCUCAAAAGCACUUGAUAUAAUGUAUAAUCAUGUUGACAUUUGACUAAGCACUUCAAUAUUAGUAAUGGAAUAUUGCUGCUCUUGUGUAAGAUUUUAUACUUCCGUAAAAAUACCACUAAUUAUA